AUGGGUGUUACUGAUCGCAAAGCAGAGCAGGAGACGCUCCUUGAAGACACUCUGAUCGAUGAGAAGGGGCCUUUGUUCAGUAUCCAAGCGGAGGAAGAAAAGGCAUCAUGGAGAAACCUACCACACAAGAGGCAGUUGCUCUUGCUUGCGCUGUGCCGCCUCUCGACCCCGCUUUCGAAUGCUUGCCUUCUACCGUAUCUCUACUUCCUUGUCAAGUCGAUCCUUUCGGACCCAGAACAUCCAGCCGCACCUCAACAGAUAUCGCGGUUGACCGGGCUUCUUGUAGCAGCAUACCCGCUGGGACAAAUGUCGACCAGCAUGCUAUGGGGCCGGGUUUCGGAUUUAUAUGGUCGGAAGCCAGUCAUACUGUUUGGACUCGCUAUAAGCGUAGUUGCUAAUCUGGCAUUUGGUUUCUCGCGUACGAUCGGUACAUUGGUUUUCUGGAGAGUCGUGGCUGGAAUGGCGAACGGUAUCCUGGGGGUAAUGCGAACUAUGACUGCCGAGAUUGUCAAAGAGCGCAAACAUCAGCCAAGAGCAUUCUUAGCUGCACCAGUAAUCUUCAACUCCGGAAGAGUGGUUGCCUUAGCGGUUGGAGGUUGUCUCGCAGACCCGGUUGACAAUUUGCCCGCUAUUUUUGGACCGGAAGGCCUCUUCAACGUCUCUAGAAACCCGAACGGCGUGAAAUGGGCACUUAAAUAUCCAUACGCACUUCCAGCGGUCUUCAAUGGCGCAGUACUUGCGCUAUGUCUUGUACUGGCGACGUUAUGGCUCCGCGAAAGCCUGUCCACGAAAGAAAAUCAUCAAGAUUUCGGUCUUGCUUUGGGCGAAGCGCUUUCCAGCUUCAUCAAGCGAAGUGUUCUGAGAAAGCCAGCCAGUGGGUACGCGAUGAUUCAGAUGGACGAAAUGGAGCCAGCGAUAUCCGGUGUUUCGAUUGCGUCACCUUCCACUGGCUCUACAUCACCGAUCAAUUACACAUGUCGCCCGCUGUUGCGCGACAUAUGGAGUGGUCGACUCCUAAAAGUCCUGCUGCUCUUUGCUCUCCUACCACUUCACACGGCAACGUUUCUUCACGUAUUUCCAGUCUUUCUGAGCAUGCCAACUAUGGCCAAACCAAGUCCAAGCAUCUUUCAUUUUACGGGUGGUCUCGGCCUCGCAUCUCCAACCGUUGGUCUCUAUCUUGCCACAUUUGGCAUUGCUGGCAUUCUCCUGCAACUAUUUAUAUACCCGCGCAUUCAAAGCCGUAUAGGAACACUGGGUGUGUUCCGCCUCGCUAGCUUCAUCUUUCCGCUCGCCUAUAUCUUUGCGCCGUACGUCGCUCUUCUCUCCGGCUACGGAAUAGCAAAGUACAUCGCAAUGGCCGCCGUUCUAUUCACACAGAUCAUCGCACGCACCAUGGCGAUCCCAAGCAGUGUUAUCUUACUCACAGAAGCUGUACCUCAUCGUAGAGUCCUCGGCACUGUUCAUGGUGCUGGUAAUACGCUUAGCGCAUUUUCAAGUGCGUGUGGCCCGGCGAUCGGGGGUUUGCUGUUGGCGAAGGGCAUAGAGAUGGACGCCGUCGGUCUUGUUUGGUGGGCUUGGUUAUGCACAGUGUCUAUCGUUACUCUAUCUUGGAGUUUGGUACUUGGUAAUACUCACAGGAGAAGUGACGAGACGUGCGGAAAUGACUAA